CAGAGACACCCAGGCAAGGGGAUUGGAAGGAGCUGUGUGACAGCUAAGGGACAGGCGAGAGGGAUAUCAGGCUCAUUCUCCUCCCCAGGUAUCUCACAGCAGGUCGCCCCGAUGAACAUGUCAGUGUUGACUUUGCAAGAAUACGAAUUCGAGAAACAAUUCAAUGAGAAUGAAGCGAUCAAGUGGAUGCAGGAGAACUGGAAGAAAUCCUUUCUGUUUUCAGCUUUGUAUGCUGCAUUUAUAUUUGGCGGUCGGCACUUAAUGAAACAGCGAGAGAAGUUUGAGUUAAGGAAGCCCCUUGUCAUGUGGUCCCUCGGCCUUGCAGUUUUCAGUAUAUUUGGUGCUGUUCGGACGGGUGCCUACAUGUUGUACAUCCUGAUGACCAAAGGGCUGAAGCAGUCAGUAUGUGACCAGAGCUUCUAUUAUGGACCAGUCAGCAAGUUCUGGGCUUACGCUUUUGUUCUUAGCAAAGCACCAGAGUUGGGAGACACAAUUUUUAUUAUCCUUAGGAAGCAGAAGCUCAUCUUCCUUCACUGGUACCACCAUAUAACAGUUUUGCUGUAUUCGUGGUAUUCUUAUAAGGACAUGGUUGCUGGAGGUGGCUGGUUCAUGACCAUGAACUAUGGAGUCCAUGCGGUUAUGUAUUCUUACUAUGCCUUGCGGGCAGCUGGCUUUAGGGUUUCACGGAAGUUUGCUAUGCUGAUCACGCUGUCCCAGAUCACUCAAAUGCUUAUUGGCUGCGUGGUGAAUUACCUAGUCUUUUCCUGGAUGCAACAGGGACAAUGUCCAUCCCAUGUCCAAAACAUUGUUUGGUCCUCUAUCAUGUACCUCAGCUAUUUUGUGCUUUUCUGUCACUUCUUCUUCGAAGCCUAUAUCACCAAAACCAGAAAAGCUGCCAAGGCCGAAUAACGAUGGAUUCCAAUGACAAAUCAUAGCUCAGGGUCAUCAAAUGGUUAAAAUAAAAAUAAAAAAAAUAGGAGUAAACCAAUUUUUUUAAAAAAGGCACAAAGAAAACCAUAGCUCAGUCACUUAUACGGCUGAUAUUGUGCUGAAAGAAAAUAGUGAGGUUGAAUUUAUAAAUGUAAUUACUGUCUUAAAAAUGGGUGAACAUAUGCGUUCCUGACUAUACUAAAGUGAUGAACUCCAAUGCAUACUACUCAGCUGUCCUACUUAAUUAAAAUGAAAAGUCCAGUUUUUAAGUUUGACCUUUCCCCGGCACCCCGUAUAAAUCAUCAACCAAUAAAAACAUUUAAAAAUUCUAUAGAUAAGUUAUUUCUCCUCUUUAAGCUUGCCUGUCGUGGCUUUAGUGUCAUGGCAAGUUGGAUUCAAAUAAAGACAAACCCAGCCUCAAAACCAAUAUUCUCCCCAGGUUUCUAUGUGUCCAAGUUUGGUUCUUUUUAAUAUGCAAAUGAAACCACUUUGCCAAGAUGAUUGAUACAGUAUUAACUCAAGACUUCUAUUGUUCCACAUAUCUGCAAGCUCUUGCGUCAAAUGCUGUUUAACAUGGACUUGCACAGCUGGACUGGACCAACAAGCUGAUAUGGACCACACUCGCAUAUCAAAGCCUCAUUAGUCGCUAUGGAACUACCUGUGGACUCUACUAAUGGCCUGUGUGAAGAUUUAAAGAAAAAAGGGACAGGCUUUGAUCAUCAGAUUGCUCAUUGAGAGACAUGGAGAAAGCCCGGAAUAUAAAUAUAUAAUUAUGAAAAGCCUAAAACGUAAUGUUUUCUAUUUUUGUGAACUGUUUCUUUAUCAGAUUACUAAUGCAGGGCUGUGCGUGAGAGUUGGUUACGGUAACACUGUGCUUUUUUUCGUAUUUGCUUUUCAAGAGAGAUAAUUAAAGUGCCCUCUUCUGGAACCAGUAGAAAAUACAACUCACUAAACUUUUUUUGGCCUGAUUUUCCAGUUUUUUUGUUUUUCUCUCUCCUAAACAGUAAUAUUUACCUACAGCGAGCUAUAGUCAAAUUGGCUUGCCUUACCUCCGGUCUCCCAAACUUUUGUAUGUCUGUGGAUGGUACAAACAGAGAUUAUUGUAUCCAGGUAUAAAAGCAAGAACUCAAGUCAUAGCAAGCCAUAUUCUUAUAAAGGUCAUGAUGUGUUUUGUCUGUAAUACUGAAGUCCAGAUAAGCCAAAUACAAUGUGUACAAUUUCCUAGUAUUUCAAGGAAGCACUUAAUGUAUCUCGUUGUUAAAUGUUUUAAUGUAGUCUUCUUAAUUGUAUUAGGUUAAUAUAUUAGCAGAUUAUAGGGGUACAGUAAAAGACAAGGUCUGUAGGCUGCUAUUGUGUGUAGCAACACAGUAGGAAAUACUGUAAUGUUGGAAACCUACAGUCAUCAUUGUAGAACUCUGUGAUAAAUAGAAGCACAUUUACUGGCUCCUAAAAAAAUGUCUUUAAUGUUUGGAAAAAUACAACACAUUAUUUUUUUUUUCUUUUAGCUUUAAUGGUGCUGCCAUUCAUGCUGCUUUUAUUUUUUUUUAUUUUUUAUUUAAUCAUUAUCCAGGUAGAAAUGCAGAGGCUUACUUAGUGUCUCGGUAAGAGAGAAAGAAUCCUGAAAAUGUAGUGUUAUGAUGCAUCGGUUCGUUCAGAAAAUGAGGCAAGAGCGACUCACAGAACGUUAUUGUAAUGAACAAUAAAGUUUACAUUUCUGUUAACAUA